AUGGGGACAUUUGAAUCAGGGAAGAGUUCAACAGGGAACAUCAUUCUUGGUAGAGACGCAUUUGAUGAAGUAUCAGGACCAAACGAAUGCAGGAGACAAGAUGGCAGAGUGCAAGGAAAAACCAUCACUGUGGUUGACACACCAGACAUUGUCCCGUUUUCAUUUACUGAACAGAAGGCAGAGAUGGAAAAGAGCCUCUCCAUGGCUCCUCCUGGACCCCAUGCAUUUCUGCUGGUAAUCGACAAAAAUCAAAUGAUGAGCUACGCCACUAGGGACUUCAUCAAUGAACUAAAAGAGAACUUUGGUGACGAAAUCUUGGAAUUCACAAUAUUUCUUUUUACACACGGUGUGUUGCGGCCAGAUUUAGCAGAAUUUUUACUGAGGAUGGAUGGAGAACUCCGGAGUCUCAUAUCCAGCUGUGGUGGCAGAUACCACAUCCUCAACACUGAAGAGACAGAGGACCAGGGUGAGGUCACAGAGCUGCUGAAAAAGAUAGAGGAUUUAGUGGAACGUUUACUGAGGAUGGAUGGAGAACUCCAGAGUCUCAUAUCCAGCUAUGGUGGCAGAUACCACAUCCUCAACACUGAAGAGACAGAGGACCAGGGUCAGGUCACAGAGCUGCUGAAAAAGAUAGAGGGUAUGAUGGAGAAGAAUGGAGGACAGUAUUACACUAACGAGAUGUGA